UCGUGAGAGUUAGGAAUUUGGCCUUGAGGCCUCUUGCGGAAGUUGAAAGGAGGUGGAGGUCUGACCGGGUCUCGGGGAUGGGUAAAGGAAGAGCAGGAACAGAGUGCGCCGGCGGAAGCGUAAGAGGUAGGGUUGGAAAUCGUAUCGGACCAAAGGGAGAGACGGACCUGUUUGGACACGUGACCGGAAGUCAGGCGGCGGAGCGCCGCCGGCCGGGGCGAUCCUCGUGACAGAAGAUUGUUUCCGCCCCUUGCUGGAUAUCAGGCCAGCCUUCAUGAAAGCCAGCAGAGAACCGAAGCGCCUCUUUGUAGGCGGCCUCGGACACAGCGUUUCUGAAGCUGACCUCCAGCAGCAGUUCAGCAGAUUCGGAGAAGUUUCUGAUGUGGAGAUCAUUACACGCAAGGAUGACCAAGGAAACCCACAGAAAGUCUUUGCAUAUAUCAACAUCCAAGUAGCAGAAGCAGACCUAAAAAAAUGUAUGUCUGUCUUAAACAAAACCAAAUGGAAAGGUGGAACGUUGCAAAUUCAACUAGCAAAAGAAAGUUUUUUGCACAGAUUGGCCCAAGAGAGAGAAGAAGCAAAAGCCAAAAAAGAAGAAUCAGCAAGAGGCAACAGCAGCUUGCUGGAAAAGAGGGCCAGCAUGGAUUUCCAAGGGAAGGGAGUCCCAGGGACAGAAGUUCCAGGGCACAAAAAUUGGGUUGUGAGUAAAUUUGGACGAGUCUUACCUAUCCUUCAUCUGAAGAAUCAACAAAAACGUAAAAUCAUAAAGUAUGAUCCGUCAAAAUACUGCCACAAUUUAAAGAAGAUAGGGGAAGAUUUCACAAACACCGUACCAGUAUCCAACCUCACUUGGGAAAUGGAAGGAGGAGAUGAUCCAAUGAGUAAAAAACGGCGAGGAGAGUUCUCUGACUUUCACAGCCCUCCCAGGAAGAUGAUAAAAACCCAAAAGAUUGAUAAAUCCAAUGGAUUUACAGCUUUGAGACCACAACCCAGUUUGCUAACAAAGAGUUCACAUUUUGUACAGCAAAAGACCACACAGAAAACACUUCAUGAUUCUGUUACUUCUCCAUCACCCCAGGUCUCAUGUUCUAAUAAUACUCAGAAGAAUCCUAAAAAUCUGUAUCUUGUGAACUCUGGCUUGGAAAUGCCUGCUAACAGAAAUAGUAUGUCUGAUGAUACCGAUUCUGAAGAUGAAUUAAGACUAAUGAUUGCAAGAGAGGAAAACUUGACAAGAACUAUGAAGUCCUAUGCAAAUGAAUCUGAAAAUGAUUCCUUUGAAGUUGUAAAGGAUGAUUUCAAGUCAGAUAUUCAGAACCUUGGUUCAUUCACAGAUUUAGGCGUCAGAAAUGAUAAUGGUAAGGCAAGUGAUUGCGGCUAUGAUUCGGGUGAUACCGACGAAAUCAUCACAAUGAAGAAAACUGCUGGGAAGGUUAAAAGCGAUAAAAAAGUGUCACAAAGGGAAUGCUUUCAAAGGAAAAAUUUUUCAAAAGAGUGUGAGCUUUCUGACCACCAUAAUAAGAAAACAACUCCAAAGAAAACAACAACAACACCAGUAAGAAAAGACCACGAGAAAAGAAACAACAGCAUAGCGCAGGCCUUGAGUCAAGGAGUUAAGCUUCCUGCUUGUGAGUCUCCAUCCAACUGCAGCGGCAGUGACGUCACCGAUUCUAAAUCAGAAUCAGAAACGUCUGCAGGUGAGGAAGAGUAUAAUGCUAUGAUGAAAAACUGUCUCCGUGUGAAUCUCACUUUGGCUGAUUUGCAAGAGAUGGCGGGCAGGGACUCGGAAACUCCAAGAGAGGGUGCUCAGGGCAAUGGCCAGGAAACCACCACCGCACGUAACAGACCCUCCAAAGGCCCGAAGGCUCCCAGUGGUGGCCGCAGAGGCCAACGUUGUGUGAAUCCUGAGGAAAUCGUGGCUUCCCUUUUAGAAGAAGAGAGCAGCUAUGCAGUUCAGAAACCAAAGGAAAACAAUUUCAAGCCAAAAUUCCAGGCUUUCAAGGGAAUUGGCUGUCUCUAUGAGAAGCACUCAGAGAACAAAUCCUUAAAAGAGAGUGUUGCCACGAACAGUAGUAUUAAUAAAGAGUCUUUGAAACUUGAGGGUCCAAGCGACAUUCCCUUGGAAAGAGUGUCCUCAUCUGCUAGCGGCUCACAGAGCGGUGUCGCUCCUUUCCAACAGACAAAGAAGGCAAAUGACCCAGACCAUACUCGGCCUCUGAAGAGACAGUCCAUGUCUCAGAGCCAGGAUCUUAAGACGGUGUCCACUAGCUGCUCGGUAAAGGGAACAGAUAGCCCUGCUGCUGGCCCACAGGCCAAUAGAAAAUCUUUAAGUUCUGGUGCAAAGACUCCUAGGCCUGACUUUGAUAAAGGCUGUUGCCAGAGGACUGCAGAGAUAGGCGGACACACUGAAAAAACCCAUUGUCUAAACAACGGCACAGCCCCUGAGAGAUCGCCAGUGCGCUCCUGCAAGAGAGACGCUCAGGAAAGCAAAACCGAUCCCUUGCCUUGUGCUACUCGUUCACCAGAUGUUAGCGCCACGCAUAAGCAGGCUGACGAUAACCAGAAGCGCUUAGCAGCCUUGGAGGCGAGGCAGAGGGCGAAAGAAGCACAAAAGAAGCUGGUUCAUGACGCCCUGGCCAAUCUGGACGGUCCUGCAGAGGCCAAGCCAAGUCACAUCAUCUUCGGUUCUGACAGUGAAAGUGAAGUGGCAGAGGCCCCGUCACCUCCCAAGCAGACCCAUUCAGGAGAGGAGCCAGCGAAAAAAGCUUUGGGUAAAACCUCGGGAAAGCUGUUUGACAGCAGCGCUGAUGAAGAAUCUGCCUCUGAGGAUGACGAGGAGAGGUUCCGAAUCAAACCUCAGUUUGAGGGCAGAGCAGGACAGAAGCUCAUGAACUUACAGUCUCACUUCGGCACCGAUGAACGAUUUCGUCUGGAUUCCCGAUUUCUGGAAAGUGAGAGUGAAGAGGAGCAAGAAGAAGUAAAUGAAGGGAAAUCUGCUGAGGACGAAGAGCUUGCAGCAGAGAAACUGAAGACCCUGAAUGUUAUGCAGAGUGUCUUACAGAUCAGCUUGAACAAUGCCACAAGCAAAAGCUCGGCUACUGCUAAGAAAUUUAAGGAUGUGAUACGUUAUGAUCCAACAAGGCAAGACCAUGCCACGUAUGAACGAAAGACAGAAGAUAAACCAAAAGAAAGUAAAGCAAAACGGAAGAAGAAAAGGGAGGAAGCCGAAAAGCUACCUGAGGUGUCUAAAGAAAUGUAUUAUAACGUCGCUAAGGAUUUGAAAGAAAUAUUCCAAAGUACCAGAGAUAUCAGUGAAAAGGAGGAGAUCUCGCCCUGCACUGAAGGCGCUGAUGGGGAGAGCGCGAAGGAAGGCCCGGACCCUGCAGCGCUGACAGGCAAGAUGGAGCAGUCCACAGGAUUCACGUUCUCCUUCUUUGACUCAGACACUGAGGAAGUAAAGAAAGACACAUACAGGAUCGAAACAGUGAAGCCUGGGAAACUGGGCUGGCAGGGAGCCUCUCGGUUUCAAGACAGCAGCAGUUCAGAAGAGGAGGAUGGAACUGAGGAUGCUGAGGACGAGAAGCCCAGCGCUGUAGAAACGUCAGUUCCUGAGAAAGAAACCACAAGAUUUUUCUUUUUCUCCAAAACUGAUGAGCGACUUCGGGGGUCUGACUUAUUCUGGAGAGGAGUGGGAAAUGAUAUUAGCCAGAGUUCUUGGGAGGCCAGAACAAGGAGCUUGCAUAUGGAUUGUCGGAAGAAACAUAAAGAUGCCAAGAGGAGAGUGAAAACAAAGUAAUAAGUGACACCAGUGGCUUUGAUGCUGACUUGUAAACUAAUUUCACCUAUGAAAAUUGGUGAUUCGGGGGCCUGAGUCAGGCACUUGCCAUGCACGCGGCCUACCCAUGUUCGAUUCCUGGGCCCUUUGGACCCCUGACUCCUGCUAGGAGAAA